AAAAAUACCACCCACAAAUCCAUAAAAGAGACAACAAUCUCUCUCUUUCUCUCUCACACACACAUAUACACAGAGAUACACACUGUUUAAGAAGUUGCCUUCUUCCCCUUUUCUGGUUAUUCUUUUCUCAUUUCCAUACAGCCAUGGCAAAGACCUCUAUGCACUUUCAUUGGUCAAAUAAGGUCAGCAAUGAAGAUCAAGAAACCCCAACACCCAUCAAUCCUUGCCAUAAACCCAACGUCAGCCACGCUGAACCUCACAAACCACCACCACCAACUCCGUCACCCCUACCAAGAAAGAAACUCCAAGCUGUAACAGUUGCUAGAUUCCGCUCAGUUCUUACCGCUAUCAGGCAAAACAGAGCAAACCUUCAAAACACUCUUGGCCCUAAAGUUGUCGGAACCCUAUUUGGAUCCCGGCGAGGCCACGCCUACUUCGCAUUCCAGAAAAACCCCACCGCCCAACCAGCUUUUUUGAUCGAGCUUCAGACACCAAUUAGUGGUCUUGUUAAAGAAAUGGCUUCUGGGCAAGUUCGAAUCGCAUUGGAAUGUGAUAAAGAAGAAGAGAAGACGAAAAAGGUGGGUAAUUCAAGAAAGCUUUUGGAAGAGCCUGUUUGGAGGACUUAUUGCAACGGGAAGAAGUGCGGGUUCGCCGUGAAAAGAGAGUGCGGAGAAAAAGAAUGGAGAGUUCUUAAAGCGGUGGAGCCGAUAUCAAUGGGGGCUGGGGUGUUGCCGGCGGAGAAAACAGUCGCCGGAGAAGAUGAAGAAACCAUGUACAUGAGAGCGAAAUUUGAGAGAGUUAUGGGGUCAAGAGAUUCAGAAGCUUUCUAUAUGACGAAUCCUGAUAGCAAUGGUGCUCCUGAACUUAGUGUUUAUUUGCUCAGAGUUUAAGAAUUCAAUGCAGAAUUUGGAAACUAAGUCUAAGUUUUAGUUCUUAAUUUGUAGCAUGAGAAUAUUUCUUUUUCUCUUUUUCUUUCUUCUUCUUAUUAAAAAUGGAAAAGGAUGAGUUGCUUGUAAUUUGUAGUUUUUGAGGGGAAUGGGAUACAUAUUAUUAACCAAA